CAACCAAAAAACCAUCAUCAUCAGAGAAAAAAAAAAAAGAGAGAGAGAGCACUAAUUUGUAAUUACAACUCUCGCCUCAAUUCCCUUUUUUCCAUUCUUGCGCUCUUUCCCCUUCCCCCAAUUUCCCUAAUUCAGUUCCAUUCAUCCCCUCCCCCAAAUUUUUCUCUCUCUCUCUCUCUCUCUCUCCCUUUCCUGCCGUCCCUUCUCCCCGGCCGGAUCGGAUUCCCUCUCCUUUUCCUUUUCCCUUAUCCAACAAUGGAUCCCCGCCGCCGAUCCACCAAAAAGCCAGUUGUCGUCGUCCAGUCCCUCCACCACCACCACCACCAUGGCCCUCCCUCCGCCGCCGCCGCCGCCACCCACCACCAGGAAGACAGCCACCGCCGGGCCUCCGACGCCCUCCCGCUCCCACUCUACCUCACCAACGCCCUCUUCUUCACCCUCUUCUUCUCCGUCGUCUACUUCCUCCUCACCCGCUGGCGGGAGAAGAUCCGCACCUCCACCCCUCUCCACGUCCUCACCUUCUCCGAAAUCCUCGCCGUCCUCGCCUUCCUCGCCUCCUUCGUCUACCUCCUCGGCUUCUUCGGCAUCGACUUCGUCCAGUCCUUCCUCCUCCGCCCCUCCCUCGACGAAGACGAGGAAGAGGACGACGUUGUUGUUGACGCCAGAUUCGCCGCCUGCCCCCAAUCCCUCGAUUGCGCCACCGCCGCUCCCGCCCCUCCUCCGCCCAUGGAAUUGUUGCCCCAGGACGACGAGGAGGUCGUCCAGUCCGUCGUCUCCGGCGCCCUGCCUUCCUACUCCCUCGAAUCCAAAUUGGGGGAUUGCAAGCGCGCCGCCUCAAUCCGCCGCGAGGCCCUGCAGAGGGUCACCGGCCGUUCUCUAACCGGGCUGCCGCUCGAUGGAUUCGACUACGAUUCGAUCCUGGGCCAGUGCUGCGAGAUGCCGGUCGGGUACGUCCAGAUCCCCGUCGGGAUCGCGGGGCCGUUGCUGCUCGACGGCAGCGAGUACUCCGUCCCCAUGGCCACCACCGAAGGAUGCUUGGUCGCCAGCACCAACCGCGGCUGCAAGGCGAUUCACUUGUCCGGCGGGGCCAACAGCGUGCUCCUCAAGGACGGGAUGACCAGGGCUCCCGUCGUCCGGUUGCCCAACAUCGAGAGGGCCGCCCAGCUCAAGUUCUACCUCGAGGACCCACACAAUUUCGACACGGUUUCCAUGGUUUUCAACAAAUCCAGCAGGUUCGCCAGGCUCCAGAGCGCCAGGUGUACCAUGUCCGGAAGGAGCGUCUACAUCAGGUUCUGCUGCAGCACAGGGGACGCCAUGGGGAUGAACAUGGUCUCCAAAGGGGUUCAGAAUGUGCUGGAUUUCCUGCAGGCCGAUUUCCCUGACAUGGACGUCAUCGCCAUCUCAGGCAACCUGUGCUCGGACAAGAAGCCUGCAGCAGUGAACUGGAUAGAAGGGAGAGGGAAGUCAGUGGUGUGCGAGGCUGUGAUCAAAGGAGACGUGGUGAAGAAGGUAUUGAAGACCAGCGUGAAGUCACUGGUUGAGCUGAACAAGGACAAGAAUCUGGUUGGUUCAGCCAUGGCAGGUGCUCUUGGUGGGUUCAAUGCGCAUGCUAGCAACAUCGUCAGUGCUGUGUACCUAGCCACCGGCCAGGAUCCCGCUCAGAACGUGGAGAGCUCCCACUGCAUCACUUUGAUGGAAAGCACGAAUGAGGGGCAGGAUCUCCAUGUCUCGGUCACCAUGCCUUGCAUCGAGGUUGGAACGGUGGGAGGUGGGACGCAGCUUGCAUCGCAGUCAGCUUGCUUGAACCUGCUCGGGGUGAAGGGCGCUCACAAGGAGACGCCUGGGGCGAACGCGAGGCGACUGGCAACCAUAGUGGCAGGCUCUGUUCUUGCCGGUGAGCUGUCCCUUAUGUCUGCACUCGCGGCAGGACAGCUGGUGAAGAGUCACAUGAAGUACAACAGAUCCAGCAAGGAUGUCACCACCCACGCUGCUGCUGCUGCUUCCUCGUAAUUUAUAUUUCUUAGAGGAGAAGGGAGAGAGCUGUUUUUUUAACUAUGCUGGCGCUUGGUUUGGGGAAUCUGAGAGCCAAGGGGGGAGGGGGAAAGGCUGUAUUGCAUUCUGGAAGGGGAGAACACGAGAGAGAAGAAGAAGGAGAAGAAAAACCCACCAAGGCACAAUUUGUGAUUCUUUUGUUUACUGUUCUCGUGUGAGGAUUAGGGUUUCACUGCCAUUGUCGUUUGAUCAAAUUGCAACUACUACUGCUCUAUAUUUUUAAAUUUAUUUUCCCAGUGUACGAUUUGCGUUUGAUAAUAUGAUCAUGAAAGUAAGAACCAUAUUUUGCUUGCUGGUGUUUUUAGCGUGUUUAUGGAAACUGUGUUUGUUAGCAG